AAAAAAAAAAUCUAAUUAACAAAAAGAUGGAACAUACUGUAUAAAAAUAGUGAGGAAGACAACCAGCUUUUUCUAUUCGGAAAUUUCACCUGCGAAGCUCUCUCCAUCUCACACCUCAGCUACCCUCCCUCUCUCUCUCUCUCUCUCUCUCUCUCUUUCUCUCUCUCUCUUCGCCUACCAUUUCUAGGGUUUCUCCUCUCUCUCUCUCUCUCUCUCUCUCUCUCUCUACAAUCCCCAAGCUCAGAACGUCCCUGAUAAUCUCUUCAAAACCCUAAUACCACUAAUUGACACUCGAAAACAAAAGCUUUGAUUUUUAUAAUCGAAGGUCAAUUUUUCAAGUAAAAUUUAAGCCAUGGACGCUGACUCUUGGAGCGCUCGCCUGUCUUCUGCCUCUAAACGUUUCCAAUUAGCUCUUCAAUCUCGAUCUGAUAUGUUCAUGGGGUUUGAAGAAAUUGAUGGGGAAGAUGAUAUAAGAGAGGAGUUCCCUUGCCCGUUCUGUUCGGAGUAUUUCGAUAUUAUCGGGUUGUGUUGUCAUAUCGAUGAUGAGCAUCCUGUAGAGGCGAAGAAUGGGGUGUGUCCAGUUUGUGCGAUGAGGGUUGGGGUCGACAUGGUCGCACAUAUUACCUUGCAACAUGGAAAUAUUUUUAAGAUGCAACGCAAGAGGAAAUCCCGCAGAGGUGGAUCCCAUUCAACACUUUCUUUGUUGAGGAAGGAACUAAGAGAAGGAAAUUUGCAGUCCCUUUUUGGAGGAUCUUCCCGUAUAGCUUCUUCAACCAAUGCAGCACCGGAUCCGUUGUUGUCAUCAUUUAUCUUGCCUAUGGUUGAUGACUUUGGGAGUUUGCAGCUGCAUUCUUCAGCUGAAACAGCCUCCGUCAAGAAAAGAACAAAUGAUUAUGUUUCAGAAAGGCUCGUCAAAUCUUCUCCUUUAUCGAUCAAGGAUCAGAAGGAGAAGUCAAGGAGAUCCGAGUUUGUUCAAGGUAUGUUACUGUCCACCAUGUUUGAUGACAGCUCAUGAAGUUCUAUGGUAGCCACUGUGGUUGACGACUUAUGCUACAGCCAUGAGCUGGGUGAACUAAUGCUUGUUGUACUACGUUUAUGUAAUAAAACCAAGUGCAAUAAGAUGAUGUAGUAAAUGUAAUUUAUAUUCCAUGCAGAAGUUUUAACAGUUAAAUUAUGCGGAAACGGACUCGUGUACUCUGUUCUAUUCUUAGUUCCUGGUUGGUUGAGAAGGAAAAAUGAUGAUGAAUAUUAUUCCUCCGUUUA